AUAUGAUAACCCAUACUCAGAAGCUAUAGUUUACGUCUAGGCUACAGCAAAAAAUGUGAAGGGACGAUCGAGUAGUCAUCACUCAUCAGCAAUAUCUUAGCUUUUCCUCAUCAUUCAUAUUUUGUGUUCUUGCUUCGUCCACACUAACACCACAAUAGGGGAGAAGGAACCUUUUCUUUAAACAAGGCAUGUUGCCUUCUUUUAAUCUUCCCCCUCCAACAUCAUCACAUUCUCCCCUCCUCUUCUUUCAAAACCAUGGAAGAAUUGAACAUGCUUGCUGCGGAUUGCGUUGUCAUAUCAUGCUGCUGCCAGUGCUUGGUGCUGCAAUUUCUUGUAUUUGUAUUUCGUAAGCUUGUGAAGAAAACAAGAGAAUAUGCAAAGAAAAUGUUUUGUCAGAGGAAGGGAAAUUACAGAGGAAUGCAGGGGGAAAUUGAUUUUUACAAAGCUGUGCUUGUGAGAAUUCAUGAACAGUCUAUAAGAAUUCAAGCACAAAAAGAUGAUGCAGGACACAGUUCUGGUUAUUGCAUGGAAGAAGUUGAAAAGGUGAUGGAGGAAUUUUACCAGAAUGGAGAGUUUGCAUUUGGAAGCUUUUGGGGUAGGAAGGGGCCAUGGGGUGUUCCUCCAAUUGUCAAUGAUCAUAAUUGUAAGAAUUUUGCACAAUAUGAAAUACUUGAUUUGGUUGGUUCCUUAAGCUAUGCAUAGAAUAAAAUUGUCAUGUUCCCGCUGAUAUAACUAGUCCUUAGCUAGUCCCACACUCCCACUAGAAUGUGGAUGUUCGCGUUCAAGAUUGGUUCAACCCCUUUUUUUUUAAACUAUCUCCAUGGUUUCUCUUAUAAGGUCAUACAUGAUGCUUUCCUGAGGUAUCUGUUGUAAAUAAAGAAGUAAGGAUUCACAACAAGUGUGUUGUGCACGGCCCU